AUGCUAAGAAUUAUUUCUGAAGCUGCUUUAAAAAGCAAUAAUCUUACAAAAAAAAAACUUGAUGAAAUCCUUAGUAAUGAAAGUAAAGAAAUUAACCAAAAUAAAACCCAUCAUGUUCCUGAUGAACAUAAUAUUAUUACAAUUAAUUUUAGUGAUAAUAAAAAAGACUAUAAUGCAAUUAUUGAGGAAGAUGCAAUUAUUAAGAAAGAUGAAAAAGUUCUUGUUUUUACAAUUGAUUAG